AUGGUCAAUCCAAAAGAGCAAGUGCAAGCUAUUACUACCAGGAGUGGGGUACAACUUCCAGAAAUACAUGUGAAGAGACCUGAGCGAAAAGAAAAGGAAAUAAUGGGUAAAGAGGCUGGGAAAGGAGUAGAGUUUGAACAACCAACUGACAAGGAAAACGAAAGGAAAGAAACACCUGCAGUGAGAGCACCCAGCCCCGUGAAGGCUUAUGUGCCACCAAUUUCCUUCCCUCAAAGGUUACAAAGAAAGAAGUUGGAUAAUCAGUUUGCCAAGAUUGUCGAGAUUUUCAAGAAACUGCACAUCAAUAUUCCUUUUGCAGACGCAAUUGCCCAAAUGCCCAGCUAUGCGAAAUUCUUGAAAGAGAUCCUGUCUAACAAAAGGAAGCUAGAAGAACAUGAGACAGUAUGCUUGAACGAGGAGUGUAGUGCCAGUGUUAAUUUGAUGCCUCUCUCUAUUUACAGGUCUCUUGGAUUAGAAGAAGCAAAACCUACAACAAUCUCUUUGCAACUGGCCGAUAGAUCGAUCAAACGACCAAAGGGAAUUAUUGAAGAUGUGCUUGUUAAAGUUGACCAAUUUAUUUUUCCGGCUGAUUUUAUUAUUUUGGACAUGGAAGAGGACUCAAAUAUUCCUCUGAUCUUGGGAAGACCGUUCUUGGCUACUGGGAGAGCAUUGAUUGAUGUGUAUGAUGGAAAAAUGAUUCUUCGAGUGGACAAUGAGCAAGUCAUAUUCAACGUGUUCAAGGUAAUGAAACACCCAUUGACUUCCGACGCUUUCUGCCAAGUUGAUGUUCUUGAAGAGCUUAUGGACGAUACAUUUGAUAUAAAGCAUCACACAAAUCUUUAUGAGGCAGGGCUUACGCAAUUGGAAGCAAAAAAUUAUGAAUCUCUAGGAGACAACCCUUCUCCCCCAGUAUCCUCAGUGGAAAAGGCACCCACUCUUGAACUUAAGCCUUUACCUUCCCAUCUUCGUUAUGCAUAUUUGGGAGAAUCUUCAACACUGCCAGUAAUCAUUGCAAAUGACAUGACAAGGGAAGAGGAGAAUAAAUUGUUGGAGGGUGAAAUCAUAGUGGAGAAGAACGAGAACAACGAGCUGAUACCAACACGGUUAGUGACAGUGUGGAAAGUAAACUUUCAACGAUGCAUGGUGGCCAUCUUUUCUAACAUGGUAGAAAAGUACAAUGAGGUUUUUAUGGACAAUUUUUCUGUGUUUGGAGAUUUCUUUGACGAUUGCUUGGAGCGGUUGGCUCUUGUAUUGCAAAGAUGUGAGGAGAAGAACCUUGUGCUUAAUUGGGAAAAAUGUCAUUUCAUGGUAAAGGAAGGAAUAAUACUGGGACAUCGAAUUUCUGCACAGGGGAUUGAAGUGGAGAAAGCCAAAAUACGGGUGAUUGAAAAAUUGCAGCCACCUAAUUCAGUAAUGGGGAUCAGGCAUUUUUUGGGAGAUGCAGGAUUUUAUAGAAGAUUCAUUCAAGACUUUGCGAAAAUUACAAAGCUGUUGUGCAACUUGUUGGAGAAAGAUAUACCAUUUCAAUUUUCUGAUGAGUGUUUGAAAGCCUUUAACACUUUGAAAGAAAAUUUGACAUCGGCACCAGUGAUAGUGGCUCCAAAUUGA